ACUACUUUUGCUGUCGUUGUAGAGGAAUCGAAGACUAUUUUUUUUUCUUUUCAUUUAAUUAGAAGCAUUUAUUGUGUUGUUUCAUGUUUAAUAGUUUUGAGAGUGGAAUUAGAGAAAAUCCAAACAAUAAUGGAGAGAAGCACUCCUGUGAGAAAACCACACACUUCCACUGCAGAUCUUCUCACUUGGUCCGAGGACUCUCCUCAACCCGAUUCCUCCGCCCGCCCUCACCAGCCGUCUGAUGGGAUCAGAAAAGUGGUGUUUGGAGGUCAAGUGACCGAUGAAGAAUUUGAAAGCUUAAACGGAAACCUUGUUCCGGAGAUAAAAUGGAGUGGGAUUUUUGGAGCCAACGGAGAAAAUGAUGAAUCAGAACACGGCACUAUUAAUCCUGCUUCAAACGGCAAAACUGGACUACGAAUGUACCAGGUAUGCUUUUCCUAAUUCAUUAAUAAUAUUUUACUAACGUUGAUCCAUUGUGUUAAUGUGGCGAUAGGAUGCUAACGUGGUUGUCCGCGUGCGACUGAUAAUGGGAUAGAAAAAUCUUAAUUGAUUGAUUUAAUUGAUUUUUUAGGCAUAAUUGAUUGUUUAACAAAG